AUGCGGAAAAGUCUUAUGAGCGCCUCAGAGCCGAACAGCACACAGCAGCAACAGCAGCUCGAGCUCAGAACAGAAGUACUAAGUAGCGACGCGCGCGCCGUGCUUCUAGAUGACAGACCUAACAUAAACAGACCUUUGCUGUCUCUUUAUAACCCCAACACAGCCUCUCUUGCUCUCGGGAAGCCUGGAGAAGAAGAAUGACUGACGGAGGAAUGUUAAUCUCGCCGUCUGUUCUCCAGGAUCCCGGAGAUGGGGCGAAACCCGAAGACAUCAGUAUGGAUUGUACGGACGGGGAAGAUGAUUUAUGUUUGGAAGAGAUUUUAACUCUGUACAGUCAACCGAUCAAUGAGGAGCAAGCCUGGGCCGUGUGUUAUCAGUGUUGCAGGUGGUUAACCCAAAAACAGAGACGGAAAGAGACGGGUGGGAGUCCACCUGGACGGAUUGCGGGUCCUGGAGAUGUGAGGAUCCGGAAAGACGGGACUGUUCAAUUAUAUCAACAGAGCAGCACAGAUAAACUCAUCCCGCCCAGUUCAUCAAUAGAGAUCAUAGAGUCUCUGGGUAUAAUGAUCUACAAGGCUUUGGAUUACGGCCUGAAAGAGCAUGAGGAGAGAGAGCUCAGCCCUCCUCUGGAGCAGCUCAUCGACCUCAUGACCAACAUGGCAGACACCGAAACAGACUGUUCUGAUGAGGGAUAUGAGGCAACGGAGGAAGAGGAUGAGGGAGAGGAAGAACCCACAGAAGUCUCCAACAUUCGUGGCUACCGUGACAUCAUUUCUUUGUGCACGUCUCACCUCCCCAGCCCUUCAGAUGCGCCCAACCACUACCAGGCCGUGUGUCGAGCCCUGUACGCAGAGACCAAGGAGCUACGCACCUUCCUGGAGAAGAUCAAGAGUGCCAAAGAGGUUUUGCGGAAAAUGGGAAAAGAAACAGAAGAGCCCACCAAAGACCUGAAUGAGCUGCAGAACGCUGACUGGGCACGGUUUUGGGUGCAGGUGAUGAGGGACCUGAGACACGGUGUGAAGCUGAAGAAGGUCCAGGAGCGUCAGUAUAACCUUCUACCCAUCGAGUUCCAGCUCACACCUUAUGAGAUGCUCAUGGACGACAUCCGCUCCAAGCGCUAUAAACUUCGCAAAGUCACGGUCAGUGGUGACAUUCCUCCGAGGUUAAAGAAGAGUGCACACGAGAUCAUUCUGGACUUCAUUCGCUCCAGACCUCCACUGAAUCCUGUUUCUGCUCGUAAGCUCAAGCCUCAUCCUCCAACACCUCCCAGCCUUCAUGAGCGUAUCCUGGAAGAGAUCCGGUCGGAGAGAAAGCUCAGGCCUGUCUCACCUGAUAUGAUCCGCAGAAGUCGACUCGUAAUGCGUCCUCUUAGCAUGUCUGUCAGUUUUGACUCAUCAGGCGCAGGCAAAAGUAUGAGCACCCCACAAGACUUGUUCCGAAGCUCAGACAUCCCUGACGGACACCGAAAGUUGGCCGUCAGCACACUAUCCCUUGCCAAUGGCACGUCUCUAGCUCGGAGCCCCGUAAACGGUGUAGCUGGAGGUCAGCCGCUGUCCCAGAGAAAGAGGCUGCUCAAAGCGCCUACGCUGGCCGAGCUCGACAGCUCCGACUCUGAUGAGGAACAAAACACUAUGAAGUCCGGCAGCAGCUCCAGUGUAUCCACAUCGCUGGUUGAGGACACGUCUCCAGAGUCCGUCAUGGGCAAAAAGACUCCCCCACAGUUCCUGCCCAUUUCUUCCACCCCUCAACCUGACAAACGCUUCGCUCCACAGAGGAGGCACACCAUAGAGAAAGAAGCUCCCACCAGUGUUCGGCCUUUCCUGCCUCCGUCUCGCCAGAACUCCAAAUCUCUGCUGUCUUCGGACAACAAGGAGGAGUUCUGCUACCCCGUCGAGUGCCUGACAUUGACCGUAGAGGAGGUGAUGCAUAUCAGACAGGUUCUUGUCAAAGCAGAGCUGGAAAAGUUCCAGCAAUAUAAAGACGUCUAUAAUGCGCUAAAGAAAGGAAAGCUUUGCUUCUCAUGUCGGACGAAGAAGUUCUCGCUCUUCACCUGGUCCUACACCUGCCAGUUCUGUAAGAGGCCUGUUUGUUCACAGUGCUGUAAGAAGAUGAAGUUGCCCUCCAAGCCUCAUGCCAGCCUGCCCAUCUCCUCUCUGGGCCCCAGCAUUCUGCCCAAAAAGGAGUCUGCAGCGUCAGCCGCCACAGAGAAGACCUCCACCACAUCCAGCCACAAACGCCACAGCCUUCAGCGCACCAUGUCCAGAUCAUCAAAGCAUGGUGAGCGCUCAUCGUCCAAAGACGAGCUGGAGCUGCCGGAGCAGUUCACAGAGGACUGGAGCACCAUGGAGGUCUGCGUGGACUGCAGGAAGUUCAUCAACGACAUCAUCAGCAACAGCAGGCAUAAUCAGUCCACCAAACGUGCCCGGCUGCACCGCAGGACCCACUCCGUCUACACGUCCAACACCAGUUCUUCCAACUACAAACCCUCAGAAAGGACUAUCAAAGAGGUUUAGGACCCUAUGUUUUGGAACAGUCACGUGUGCUCCGUCUUAAUAAAGCGUUCUCACUUAUACUGUUCUCACCUGUCGCGAACAUGCCAGAUGUUAAUCAGCUUAUGUUACAUAUAAAAAAUACGGCCUCUUUUGUUACCUUUGUAACGUACCUUCAGUACCUCUUCUUUUCCAUUUAAAAAGUGCCAGAGGUGAAGGAAUAAAGCCGUUCCUCUUCCAGCAUGAGUCCUUAAGCGCCAGCCUUCUCAGGAAAAGUUUUCUUCUGUGAUUAAAGCUUUGGAAUGUAGUUUAACACACUUUAAACUUACUUUGACCAGCUUUUCUCAAAUGAAUCUUGUGUUGACACUGAAUGAAAUUAAUGAAAUGAUAGCGUGAAAAAGAAAUCGCUAGGCUGCUUUGAUCACUGAAAGGCCUGAAUGUACAUUUUUCAGUAUAGUAAAAUGGAGCUCAAUUGUAUGUAAAUAGUUGCUGAAUGAUCAGCCUAACUGUUCUAGAUGUAAAUAAGCAUCCAAAUGGACUUAUUUUCCCCGUUUAGGAAGUACUAGUCGAUUGCUGAAAGAUCAAGAGACUGUAGAUUUAAUCAGCCUCCACAAUAAUUCAAGAUCAAGUCCUACCAAAUGGUUUUCUUAUUGUUUGUUAAAAGAUAAUGCUGCUGUAAAUGUGACAUGGUCCAAACAAAUGCAUUUAGAUAUUUACAGAAAGUACUUAAAGAUAUACUAUAAAUAUUUUUCCUGUCUGAUGGCAGUGUUUUUUUAAAUUUUAGUCAAAGAAUGAGGGUCAAGAAGUGUUUUUUUUAAGAGCGGAUGCUGAAAGCUGUAGUAUUUCUUAAAGGAGUGAUCGGCUGUGCCAAACAAAUCUCCAUUAUCUGAGCAAUAUGUGUUUUGGACCUGAUGUACAUAGUCAAUAAUAUUUACUGGCUCAAAGUGGAGUGUGACUUUUGUAGGAUAUGUUUAUGUACAUGCUGUAUAUCCGAAUCUCAUCUGAUCCUCUUACUAUUAAAAUACGUUCUAUUGUGAUAAA